UCCCGUCAUUUGAAUAACGUUCGUUUUAGAAUUGAUAUAUACCUAUCAAAGUAUUUGUUCAUCUUUCCAUUUAACAUCUACAACUGAGAAUUUAAAUUAAGUCAUAAGUUUUGUUUACCAAAUCACACUUUUACAUCUACAUACACGAGAAUGUACUCCUAUGAUAUAGUCUGCUUGUAAAAUUUGAACCGGAAAUCUCCAUCACGUGACUCGAGGGGUGGAAACGACAUGUCGAUGUCUUUCUGAUUGAGAUCCUGUGUUUGAAAGAUGUCUAUUAUAAAAGUUGUUGGGACAGGACUGGGUGGAAAUAUCGACAGAACCUUGUUUGUCGGACCAGUUAUACCACCCGAGAUCCGUUCUAUGUAUAAAAUCAUAUCGGAUAUCGAUAAAAAAAUUUUCCGUAAAAUCUUACAUUCUGUUGUUUCUGGUUUCACAUUUUCGGAUAAAGUGAAAGACGAAAGUUUAUUUUUGGAAGAAAACUCAAAAGAACGUAUCCAGUUGGAUUUUAAACAAUUAAGUUCAAAUAAAAUUGAUGAAGAAGGAUUACGGAUUAUUCACACAGGGCUUCACACUCUGCUGUCGUGUGCAUUCAGGAAACCAAGUGGAGCUUUAAAGGUUGAUGUAUUUAAAGAGGAUUUAGCUGAACUGAACAUUCCUUCUGACUUUAUAAGUGAUUUAGAAACUGUUGUGUAUGGAGCUAAAAGAUCAGAAAUUGAUACAUCUAUGUUGGCUUGCAGGCCUUCAUUACCUAAACUAGAAUCUUUUAGGUGGCGUGUGGACACUACAAUAUCCACUAGCGUGCUUAACCGAGUUUUAGAACCGUAUCUCUUCGUGGAACUAAUUCUAAGUAAUGGUGAAGUUUCAACCUUUGAGGUACCAUUGACUAAAUUUCAAGAACUCCGAUAUAAUGUUUCGUAUGUUUUAAAAGAAAUGGAAGCUUUGGAGAAAAAAAGUAUUUUAAGAUUAGCAGAUUAAAACGUUUAUUCAGUUGGUAAUUUAUAUAUAUAAAUGAAAAAUAUUUUUUCUAUUCUGCUUACCAAAUAUAUAAUUUUUGUGUUUUAUAUAUAGUGAGAUGAGCAUCUUAAAAGCAAUUCAGUUAUAUUUUGAAAUAACACGAGAUAUAAUCAAAAUAUUUGGAUUUUUCUGUUCAUUGGCUUUUGUUACGUUCUUGUUGGUUUAAAUAAUUGAAUAUUUCACUAAAAGAUAUUAGGACUCCCUUAUCGAAAACUAUCCUAUUUUGUUUUUGUAUUUGACAUAAAGACCCUCCCAAGAUACAACAAAAACUAUUCGAUUUUGUUGUUAAAAAACAGACUGCAUUGUGUAUCGAUAAGGUUAGGGUUUAUGUGUGUGGAGGAAAUGCAUUCCAGAUUAUAAUCAAGAUAUUGAGAGUUCAUGAAAAGACAUUGACGUUAACGGGUUUACACAAAAACCCAUUGAGUCGGGGUUGAGGGGCGGCAACCCCGGGAGCAAUGCAUCAGUUCCCUGCUUUGACACUGUCAGAUUAGGACUUUUGUUGUUUACAAACGGAUCUCGUGAAUUUUGGGCCGGAAUUACUGUCGAUAUUUUCAAUUAAAAUGAAUUUGUGUUUCUUGCUCUUAUAAUUAAAUUCAUAACAACGAAGACA